GAACAAGGCGCAUGGCUGGCGUGGUCCCACUUUCAUCACUGAGAAGCAACUGCAGGAAAGCAAGCAAUUUGUGAAUAAAAAGCUUCACUCCUGGAGGAGGAUGGUCUGAGAGGGCUCAAGCUGCUCCUGCCUAGUUUGACAGGAGGGGACUACUGCCCGGGAGGGCUCCUCUUUUUUCUUUUAACUUUUUGCAUUAUUUUUUUAGGCAACAAAAAAGGGAGCGUAUACAGUUAUUUUCCUUUCCCAGUAUUCUACCAAACACCCCAGCCCCAUUUCCAAACCUGAUUUUGUUUGGGUCUUACUUACUUUUUCUUUUUCUUUUUUGAGAUUUGGGGUAUUUGCCAAAACCUAUUUCAUGCAUGUCCACUGGGGGCAGGUUCAACUUUGAUGAUGGGGGAUCAUACUGUGGAGGGUGGGAAGAGGGAAAGGCCCAUGGCCAUGGCAUCUGUACAGGACCCAAGGGCCAAGGCGAGUACGCAGGCUCUUGGAGCCAUGGCUUUGAGGUGGUGGGCAUCUAUACCUGGCCCAGUGGGAACACCUAUCAGGGGACAUGGGCGCAAGGUAAGCGCCAUGGAAUUGGAGUUGAAAACAAGGGCAAGUGGGUUUAUAAAGGCGAGUGGACACAUGGAUUUAAGGGACGCUAUGGUGUGCGGGAAAGCACAGGAACCAGUGGCAAAUACGAGGGUACAUGGAACAAUGGCCUACAAGAUGGAUAUGGAACAGAGACAUACUCUGAUGGAGGGACAUACCAGGGCCAAUGGGUGGGUGGCAUGCGGCAUGGAUACGGCGUACGGCAAAGCGUUCCGUAUGGCAUGGCGGCCGUCAUCCGUUCACCCCUGCGUACCUCCAUAAACUCUCUGCGCUCCGAGCACAGCAAUGGCACAGCUCUGCUGACUGGCGAUCGGGCGCCUGUGGCUGGCAUGGGGGGUGGCGGUGUUCUAGCAGCGGGCAGCCCGGCUGUAUCCCGCGGAGGCUUCGUUCUGAUGGCCCACAGUGAGGCAGAGCUAUUGAAGAACAAAAAGAAGGGCCUGUUCCGCCGCUCACUCCUGAGUGGUCUCAAGCUGCGAAAAUCCGAGUCCAAGAGCUCAUUAGCCAGCCAGCGGAGCAAGCAGAGUUCCUUCCGCAGCGAGGCCGGAAUGAGUACGGUGAGCUCCGCCGCAUCUGACAUCAACUCAACCAUCAGCCUAGGCGAAGGGGAGGGUGAGCUGCCAGUAGGCGAGGAUGAUGUAGACGCCACUACCACCGAGAGUUAUGCUGGCGAAUGGAAGAACGACAAGAGGACAGGAUGCGGGCUGAGCAGGCGUUCGGAUGGACUGCAGUACCAGGGCGAGUGGUUGGGCAACAAGAGGCAUGGCUACGGAUGCACCACCUUUCCUGAUGGCACCAAAGAGGAGGGCAAAUACAAACAGAACAUGCUUGUCAGCGGCAAACGCAAGAACCUCAUCCCACUACGUGCCAGCAAGAUCCGCGAGAAAGUGGACAGGGCGGUCGAAGCAGCGGACAAGGCCGCAGACAUUGCAAAGCAGAAGGCAGAGAUUGCGCUCUCAAGGACAGCUCAUGCCAGAGGGAAAGCCGAUGCCGCGAUGACAGCAGCGCAGAAAGCCCAGGAAGAGUGCAGGCUGGCCCGGAUCACCGCCAAAGAGUUCUCCCCCUCUUUCCAGCACAGAGGAAACAGAGUGGAGUGCCAGCGACCCAAACAGCAGAACUCGAGCGAGAACGAUGUGGAAGUUAUCUCUAGUGGGACCGCGGAUAGCACUGAGCUCUACAUGAAGGGCUCCACACCCCCAGACCUUACCCCAGAUCUGAGCCCCACUCCCAGUCGGCCCUCCACGCCUCCCCGAAGCCCGACCACCAAAUCUACCCACCGCACCAAAAGCGCCCGUUUUCUGCGACAAACUGCAGUGGACGAAGAGCGUGGAGGAACUCAAGAGAUCCAGGUGCUGAUCGAGGGGAGAGGUGGUGGUGGUUCAGGUGGAGGUGGAGAGUACCUGAGGGCUAACAGUUGGAGCGAGGACAAGCAUCCCUCCCGUGGGGGCAGUAGUAGAGGUGGUAGUCGGGGGAGCAGCCGUUCCACAACUCCUUCAGUGCAAGACGAGGUACGGGUUGGAGCGACACGGGCCAAUGGCCACAAGCACUCCUCCAAUCAUAAGCCUCGAGACCACAGCUCCUCGAAUCACAAAACCCAACGGGAAAGGAGGUCAGACAGACCCUCAUCUUCCUGGACAUCUCAACGGGUACAUGGAGACAGUUUGGCUCAUUCCCGUCUCUUAGAGCAGGAUGAGGAAAAACUGAGCAAUUAUGAAAUGGAGAUGAGGCCGUUGCAGCCAAUGGACUCCCAUAACUCCCAAAAGCCCUGUGGGCAUGGGGAAGAGUGGCACAGUCACUCAGAGUCCCGUGGACAUACACAGCGACGGGGUAAAAAUCGUGACCGGGAACAGGAUGUCCGGGAAGCCUCAGGGCCCAGGGACGCCCAGGGGGGGCCGGCUCUGGACUCAGUGCAAAAGUUGGACAGUCUACGAGUGGGGGAAAAGCUAGAGGCUCGGCCCCUCCGUAGGGACCUCACACUCUCACCCCCACAGAAAUCCCCACCUAUUGCACUACAGCACGACGAUGAGAAUCACUCUCAGCUCAAAGUGAACUCGGGCUCCAACUCUAUUCUGGUAGUCAUGGUGAUUUUGCUCAACAUUGGAGUCGCCAUUUUGUUUGUCCAUUUUUUUAUUUAAACUCUGCAUUGCCUAUCAACUCCUCUUGUCCAGCUACACUUUUAUCAAAUCAAUACUAGUGUCCUCACAACUGAUCUGGUUCCGGCCCGUUUUUUUUUUUUUUUUACAAACUACCAGUGUACUUCUAUUGAAGUUACAGGACGUCAAUACGAGGACUGAGGAAGGCAACGACACAAAACUGGGCUCAGCAGUUCUGUCUGCUUUUCUGUCUCCAAAGAGCUCGUUUUGAUUUCUUUUCUUUUGUUAAAUCUGAAAUAGUUACACGCACCCUUUUGAACUUCUAGUUUUUAUCCUAUGUAUUCAUUCACUCAUUAAUCCUGUUAUAAAUUGAUAUACUUGUUUCUCUUUUUCAUAUUCCUUA